CGCGCACACAUCGGUCAUACGUACUCGACGCUGCCUCCAGUCCAUAGUCACACACCACCACCACCUUCCCCCCAAGCGAGCAAACACUUAAUCAUGGCGACUCUGCGGCGGUGCUCCGGGCUGCUGCUCGCGGUGGUGGCGGUGGCGCUGGCGGCGGGGAUGGCGGCGGCGCAGGGGCCGGCCGGCGCGCCGGCGCCGGCGGCCGGGUUCAGCUCGGAGUGCAUGACCGCGGUGCUCAACAUGUCCGACUGCCUGCCGUACGUGGAGAGCGGGAGCAAGACGCGGCACCCGGACACGGCCUGCUGCCCGGAGCUGGACGGCCUGCUGCAGUCCAACCCCGUCUGCCUCUGCCAGCUGCUCGCCGGCGGCGCCGACUCCUACGGCAUCAGCGUCGACUACAAGCGCGCCAUGGCGCUGCCCGGCGUCUGCCGCCUCACCGCGCCGCCCCUCAGCGCCUGCGCAGCUUUUGGAGUCCCCGUGGGGCCUUCUUCGGCGCCAUUAACAGGAGUCUCUCCAUCCGCUACAGGGCCACAGAUGCCUGAGAACCCGCCAUCCGCAACGCCGUCCAAGUCCAAGUCCCACGCCCCGGGCCGCCUCACCGGCCGCGGCCUAGUCGCCCUCGCCGCGCUGCCGCUGGCGAUCACGGCCGCCGCCAUGUUCUAGGGCAGCAAGAGUUCGCGGACGUGUGGCGUUGUGCCGGUCUCACACGCUUGGCCCGACGAGAUCACAUUCUUCUCCAUUCUUGCCUCACAUUCUCUACUGGUGUACACGAGAGAUUAUUUUUCUGGUUGAUCCAUUCCUUGUCGCAAUUACUUUACCUGUGUGUAAUCUGCUAGAGACGGUUGACAGUCUGUGUAUUACGUAGCUUUGCAUUGCUGCUACCACAUUUGAUUCUUUAUAUAUAUCAUCGCCAAUUUUCGUACUA